UUGAGAACAAGUAGUUUGGUGUCGCACGAAGUAAUAAACAUGGCAACAUCCGAGAGUGAUGACUUCGAAAGUGCUGACGAAGAGAUGAACCACAAUAUAUCAACGAAAAGAAUUAUUCAGUCUCAACAGUGGAGCUCACCAACUGCGAUAGAUUCCGAAUCUGAUGACGACACAGAAUAUGUACCACGUCCGUCUUACGCGAAUGUAAUGUAUAAUAAAAGGACAGAAAAAUAUUAUGCGGGAACUGAUACCGCAACAGACGAAAAAAGACUUGAUAAAGAUAUCAGUAUUAAAGAUACGCGUAAUAAAAAAAAAAAAGAAUCAAUUAGUAAUACUGACAGAACUUUAGAAGAAGUUAAUGAUAAGGUUACAUCCUGUGAUUUACCAAAAGAGGAAUCUGCAGAGGUAGCCUCAAAUUUGGAAGUAAAGGAAAAUCUAAAUAAAAAUGAAGUAGAGUUACCUCUUAAAACAGAUGUCAAAAUGGAAGAUCCUUCUGAAACAAUUACAUCUAAAUCAGAUAGCAAACCCAAGGAUCGCAAGCAACAGAAGUUAGGUGCAAAGAAAUUAGGAACUAAAAUCACAUCCAGUGAUAAUGCCAAGGAUGACCCAAGUAGCAUAAUAUCUACCGAUAAAGGAAGUACAUCUAUGAAAACAGAAGAUACUUCUCUUACAGAAUUCUUAGUAACAGAAGAGUUAACCGAAUCUGAUAUGCCAGAAGAGAUGAAAUCUGAUAAAAAAUUUAAAGAAGUAUUUAAACCUGAUGGUUGGGAAGGUCUUGGCAAGGAAAUUGAAUUACCUGAAGAGCUAACCGAAGAAAAGUUACAACCAAUAUUUAAAAAACUAUCGCUUACUGACCAAGAAACAGACAAUUCCUUGAAAGGUUGGGGUUGGGGCAGCUGGGAUGUGACUUCUUUUAUUAAUUCAGCUAGUGCUGGAGUUUCUACAUUAACUAGUCAUGUAACACAUGGUCUUACACUUUUGGAAGAAUCUAUGGCUAUACCAGAUGAAUCUACACCAACUGAAAUUGAAGAAGAAGAUUCUGCAGUUGCUGGUGAUAUAUUUGAUAAAUAUGAUAAAAAAGAAGAACCUGAGGAACAAUCUCUUUUUGGAUUUGGGAAUCUAAUAUCGGGUAUGUCUUCAAUAACAAAAUUAGUUGAAUCAACUGGGAGCAAAGUCAUGACUGGUGGAUUGGAUACAUUAGAAGCUAUUGGUAAAAAAACAAUGGAGGUAUUGCAAGAGGGUGAUCCAGGAUUGAAGAAAAAGAGAGCUUUUUUCAUGAAUGAAACAGAUAAACCAAAUUUAUCUCAAGUACUUCGCGAAGCGAAAGAAAAAGCAGAAACUGUUGAGAAAACAGCAGAAGAGAAACAGAAGAUAAGAAAAGUACAUUUUGAAAGUCUUUUUGAUGAUUAUCAAGGACUUGUUCACUUAGAAGCAUUGGAAAUGUUGUCAAAACAAAGUAACAUUAAAAUACAACAGCACUUGAGUGGUUUGAAUACAAAUGAAUUAAAUUCCAUGGAAGAAACAUUGGAAGAUGUUAAAGAAUUAUGUGAUUUGGGUGAAGAUGAUGAAAAUGAGGACGAGGUACAUGACAAAGAUCUGAAAUGUAGAUUGCAAGAAGCUUGUAAUGACCUUGGAAUUAAUAUUACAUAUGAGAAAUUGUAUGAUGUUUUUGAAGCAUCUAAAAUUUACACCACCCCACCUAUAACAUACACCGGUCAAGAAAUAUUUGAGCAUGCUAUUUCUGUUCUGGCACAAUUUACAGCCUUUUCUGUGGAAAGGUUUCACAAAACUGCAGAGUUGCUUCUAAUUAAGGAACACAGAAGCACCGUUAACGAGGCCGAUGCAUUAGUUCGUUUAACGCAUAUUUUGUCUAAUCAAAUUGGAGUACUAGCUAAUACUUAUUGUAGCUGUUUAAAUGUCAUUGCCGAAACUUCCGACAAACCGGAUGAUAUUAAUGCUAGUAUAACAACAAUUUUCAUGGAGGCUUCGAAUGCAAGUUCUUACAUCCAAGAUGCCUUUAAACUAUUGAUCCCCAUUAUACAAGUGGGUGCUAUGUAACGGUCAACAGAGAUAUUUUUUAAUACUUUUAAUACAUAAUUGUACACACACGCGUCCGCGUGUGUAUACGCAAUUCAUUAAUAUAUAUGUAUAUUGAACAAAGCAA